AAGUUGAAGAAAAGAAAGAAUCGAGUGUUCUGGGGAAUAAUGGUUCUUAUUUAAAUGUUUCACUGGUGCCCAGGGAGAGUAUACAGGGCUGCGCGUUAUCAAGGCGUACCUUGAAAAUAAUGGACAGGGGCACAGAAAGGUGUGUUUGAUCCCAGUCUCGGCUCACGGUACCAAUCCUGCAAGCGCACAAAUGGCUGGAUUUAAUGUGCAAGUGAUCAAAGUCGGGAAAAGUGGAGAUAUAGACAUGGAGGAUUUGAUGAAGCAGGUUGAGAAGUUUAGUGACGAGUUAGCGUGCAUCAUGGUCACUUAUCCAUCUACGAACGGAAUUUUCGAAGCAGGAAUCAGGGAUAUCUGCGACAUUGUUCACUACCAUGGCGGCCAGGUAUACUUGGAUGGAGCAAAUCUGAAUGAGCAAGUCGGCCUGUGUCGUCCAGCGGACUAUGGCGCUGAUGUCAUGCACAGUAACUUGCACAAGACGUUCUGCAUCCCACAUGGAGGUGGUGGACCGGGAAUGGGACCUAUUGGAGUGAAGAAGCAUCUCAUCUCAUAUCUCCCCUCCCAUCCUGUCGUUCCACCCCAGAGUACCAUCGCUGCUGGCGCCAAGCCUUUCGGAGUAAUCUCCGGGGCCCCUUAUGGCUCUAGUGCUAUCUUGCCCAUAUCCUGGGCUUACAUCAAGCUUAUGGGAGGCAAGGGACUCCGCAAAGCAACCGAGGUCGCGAUUCUCAAUGCUUAUUACAUGGCUGCCAGGCUGAAGGAUUAUUAUGCUGUGUUUGUUGGCGAUGGUUACUGUGCCCAUGAGUUCAUCCCCGACGCUAAAGACUACAAGAAAACUGGUGUAGAAGCCAUGGAUAUCGCCAAGAGGCUGCAGGAUUAUGGUUUCCAUGCACCAACUGUCUCGUGGCCCAUGUCAACUGCAUUGAUGAUAGAACCAACCGAGAGUGAGAGCAAAGCGGAGCUGGACAGACUUUGUGAUGCCCUCAUCUGUAUAAGAGAGGAGAUUCGUAACAUUGAAGACGGAGUAUGGGAUCCUAAAAAUAACCCUCUAAAGAAUGCGCCCCACCCACAAGCUGUUGUGAUGUCCGAUCACUGGGACUACCCCUACAGUCGAGAGGUUGCAGCUUUCCCUGCUCCGUGGUUGAACGGCACGAAUAAGUUUUGGCCUGGCUGCUCCCGCGUGGAUGACAAGCACGGAGACCAGCAUUUAGUGUGCACAUGCCCGCCAUUGGAGGACUAUGACUAUGAGAAGACCAAGACGUUCGUUUAGAGGAGAGCUGCCAUCUUUUAUACCCCUUGCCAUGGGUUUAUCAUGGAUGACUCGCAAUGAGGGGAUAUUCAUGGCAAGACAAUGCCUCCGACUUGUAGUUUGUCUUUUGGAUUUCAAAUAGUCCGACCAGGAGUCUUGAAAUACAGUCAAAGGACUAGCACGUUAGCCAAAUGGAGACCAAAGUGUCUUGGCAAUUUAAAAACAAAUAUUUCUGUAUGCUUCUGAUACAGCUGUAUUAGUGGACGUUAGAACUUCAUGCUUUGUGAUAGAGCUAUAUUAGCAAGCUUUUAGAACUACAUGAUUUUUAUACCGCUAUAUCAGUAAGCUCUAGAACACCAUGAUUUUUGCAUACAGCUAUAUCAGUAAGCUUUAGAACUCCAUUGAUUUUUGUAUACAGCUCUAU